UUUUCUUCUACUAUACCAAAAAAAACACAUUGUACAUACCAAAAUUAUUAUAUUUUUUUGCAAUUUCUCUAAGUAUCUCAAUUUCAUCGUCUGUUUCUUUACAUAUCAAGAAAAAAAUAGUUUUUUAAAAAAAAAAUUUGGUUACUUUUUUAGUACAAUUACUUGUAAAAAUGAUGUGGAAUUGAAAGAAAUGAUAAAGUUUUGAUUUUUAAGAGAUAUAAAUGAGUUUGCUAUGGAUUUUUGGAAAUAAAGGUCAUCUGAGUGGUUAAGCUAGCACUGGUUUAAGGACUAAGGAUCUGAACCAUCGCGUCGAUCAGGGCUUCAUUACAAGCUGUAGUCUGUCUUGCUGAUGACAAAUUUCAACGACGAUGAUAUUGAUUUAGGACUUGCUCUAGGUUGCACCACCACUCGUAAUGUUCAUGCGAAGCUAAAAGACGCUGUAGGUGCAGGUGUAAAUGCAAGCUCAACCGGGGGUAUGACAUUUGCAGCAUCUGAUCCCCUAUCGGAAUUAGUUUGGUCCCCUCGUAAAGGUUUGAGCCUCAAAUGUGCUGAGAGUGGCUUAGCUGACAAGAAACCUUUUCGUCUGUGGAAUGUGGGACCAACCACUUUGAUUACCGCACCAUCACAAAGUGACAGAUUUAAGGGGACUUAUGAUGAAAAUGCUGCUUAUGAGAAGAUAAUCGAUCAAGAAAGGUUGGAGAUCAAUAAAAUGGUAUUAAAAAGUGGAAAUGAAAUUGGCUGCAGCAGCAAAGUGAAGAUAAUGAACACUGCUGACGGAGUUGAUAUGGUAGACGCUGAUCAAGAUGAGGAGAAUGUCAAGAAUACUGAGAAGGGCUUUUGUGUUCUGACAGUUGAAAGUUGUGAAAAGGAUGCAGGCAAAGGAGAUUUUGGAACGGAGAGAUUUCUGCUACAUGGAGCCAGUUCCAAGGUUGAUAUGGGAACCACUGAACCUCUAGCAGGGAAAAUUAAUCAAGAAAUUUCGACUAGUGAUAAGUGUAGAAAUGAAGAUGUUUCCGGUGGCAGUCAGGCUCUAAUUCCUACUGUCAAAGACUCAGAGGCCCCUGCAUGUCUGCUUCCAAAUUCACCAAUCAAAAUGGAAGCAGACAACACAUUAGAAUCUACCGGUCUCCCAGCAUUAGAGUGCACAGAUGAGAAUGAUGUACAUCUUCCAGGGAUUAUCGAGACUUGUGAUCAGAAUGAGGAGCAACUUCUUAGGGGAAGUUCUGUUCCACCUGAAACUCCUCCAACACAUAGCAGGUCCUCAUCAUAUAGAAGGAAAGGCAAAGCAAAAGCAUUGUCCGACGGAAAUUCCAAUACCAAAAUGUCAAAUGAUGAGGAAGAUAGCCAUGAGAGUGUAGAAAGCUGCAACAGUACAGGGUUAAACCCAAAGGGUAAGAAACGUUGGCACUUUGAGCAGCAGUUUUUUGUCGGAAGUAAACGAAUCAGAACGGAUAUACACCGAGAUCCUGCCACAGAAUCGACAGUUGCACAUAAUAGCUCUUUUGUGACUUGGAUUUCAAACAUGGUAAAGGGUUUGUCUAAAUCCAAACUUGAAGGGUCUCCUACUCUUGCUCUCACCUUCACUCCUAAUAAUGAGGAAAGUCAUGGAAAAGAGACUAAUCAUCAGGAAAUUGUUAUGUAUGAUAAAGAUCAUGAUUCCGGUAGCAGGUCAAUGGGGUUCCGAUCUGUAUUUCAGUCGUUAUACUGUCCAACCUUAAAGGUGUCUGAAACAGAAAUACCGAAAGAGGAUCAUUCAGUGGGAGAGCCUAAAAAGCUUUCAUCAGCUGACAAAAUCCUCAUUGAUGUUCCUCCAAUAUCCUGCCAUCCGGGAGGCGAUAUGUUAGAUGCACACAUGCUAAUGUCUAAUGACAACUCCAACCAAUCUACAGUGGCUUGCAAGGAAGUUCCAUUGAUGGAAACUCAGAUUACACCAGCAGUUGUUGCUCCUCGGGAGGUUAGUAGAACCACUUCAGCAGAAAACAAAGCUUCUAAUGGCUCGAUGUCUAGACUUAGAACCAGCAUUUGUGAGGAAAAAAAUACCUCUCAUUCAUCUGAAUAUGACAUGUCUAGUAGAAAUCAGUCUCUUCGUAGCCUGUGGAUUACUAGAUUCUCCAACAAAACUCCUGGAACUGUUGUAAACAUAGAUAAUUCCAAGCCAACUACACAUGAAACAAGUGUGGUGUGUCGGAUUGAACAGGCAAACUCCGAUGUAAAGGAGACUUCGGAUAAAGACCAAUAUGAUGAUGUUGCAGCCAGCUCGAAAGAGAUUCGUGACAAUAAUUAUGAAAGGUCCAUGAAUAAUCUGCAGCCUAUUGUAUCUUCAGCAAAGUUCAAGAAGUCGGAGGCACUGGCCUCACUGUUUUCUAGGAGAUUGGAUGCCCUUAAAUUCAUAGGACCUUUUUCAACAAGAAAUGAGUAUAGCUACACAAGAACAACUUGUUUCUUCUGUGGCAAAAGUGGCCAUGACUUGCGCAACUGUUCGGAAGUGAUAGAAUCUGAAUUGGAAGUUCUUAUUAGAAGCAUCAGGGCUUACGAAGGCGCUGAGGAAUCUUCUUGUUUGUGCAUUAGAUGUUUUCAGCUUGAUCAUUGGGCUAUUUCCUGCCCAACUUCAGCUUCAAACAGGAGCGACAAUUUGCGGGUCUUAUCUGGCAAUGAAUGUUUGCCUAGCCAACUUGAAAUAAAGCAAGGUCAUCCCAUUGAACUUGCUAAUCGUGUUCAUCACAGUAGAGAUAGAUCAUCUAGUGACCUAAUGCACAACAGAAAACAGUUCUUGUUUGCAAUAACUUCUGGUUCCAAUCAAGUUCUGAAGCAGAGAACGUCUGAUUCUACGGAGAACAGUUUGAAAGAAAAUAUAAUUUCUUCCAAUUUUGUUACUAAAGAGACAGCAGAUGUUCCAAGAGGAAUUUUUGAUGUCAUCAGGGGUCUUCGGUUGUCUCGUAUAGAUAUUCUCAAAUGGAUGAAUUCCCACACUUCACUAUCGCAUUUGGACGGGUUUUUCUUGCGUUUGAGACUAGGGAGGUCGGAAGCAGGGCUAGGGGGUACAGGAUAUUAUGUUGCAUGCAUUAAUGGUCUAAAAGGAGAAAAUUUAGAGAGAGAUUCCAAUAACUGCAUAUAUGUUAAUGUCUGUGGAGUCAAAUGCCCUGUGGGAAGCCAGUAUAUCUCCAACCAAGACUUUUUGGAGGAUGAACUAUCCACUUGGUGGCACAAAAUGUUGGAGAGUGGUGGAAAGGUUCCUGAAGAAGGCGAUUUAAGGCUAAAACUUGACGAGCGGAUGAAACUAGGGUUCUAAGAACUCAUCAGAACACACACCAAGUCCCGAGUUUGGAUCGUCGAAACCAGACCAAGAAAUCAGCUAUUCCACCAUCUUGUAAAUAAGAUUUUGGGUGCUAUUUCACAAAUUCUUUGUUUCUUUUUCUUUAUUUGGUAUUCUAGACAUUUGAGAUUUGAGAGUUCUUUUUAGUGAUCAUCUUGUGUAGACAGAUGAAUGUAUUUGUUAUCAUAAUGCUUUUGAAAUGUUGAUUAGAUAACAUGAGAAAUAUUGUUUGAAAAAAAUAGAAAGAACAUUAUUUUCUAUUA